AAUAUAUGGAAAUACAUUAUGCCUCAUAAAAAAUGCUUACAUUACAUUAGUAUCCUGUAUGCAUUUUUCUUCCAGCCUGGCAGCACGGAAUUGUGGAUAAGUGGUUAUUGAUUAUGUAAACAAGCAGUGUAUACUAAUGGACAGUGUGGGAGAAGAUUGUUCAUUGCUUGUUGCGGUGUGAAUGGUGAACAGCCCUGAUACCAGCUCCAGCUAAAGUAUGGAUAACACACAGAAGCCAGAAAGGACCUGCACUGCAAAUAUGGAAGAUGGACAAGAUCUGACAGAGCUGGAAAAAUCCAUGGUGAAUAUUAUAAGGGUCUUCCAUUCUUACUCUGGAGAAAAUUGCAAGCUGAGGAAAAAAGAUCUGAAACAGUUGAUCAACACCCAGAUGACCACGUUUGUGAAGCAAAUCCAGGAUAGCAGAACACUUGAUGUCAUUUUCAGAGAUUUGGAUGCAAACCAUGACCUGGAAAUAGAUUUUAGUGAAUUUGCUGCACUAUUUGCCAUGGUAACCUCAGCAUGCCACACCUCAUUCCACGACAAGAAAUGACGGCACAGAGUUGAGGAGAAGCCACAGACAGCAUGCAAUACUAAUACGGCUAGCCUUAAAAUAUUAUUGUAUGGCUGUAUAAUAAUAUGAUUAUUUUAUAAUUUGUCAUAUAUUUGUAAGAUAUAGAAGUGAUGGAGGACCACACACAUGUUCUUAUUUGUGUAAAGUACAGCAGAGAGCCAACCCAACCACCACGUAACAUCUCUGCUCCUCUGUUAAUAACAACACAGCAGUUUAUCCAUAGGAGUCUAUUAAUCUAGCAUAUAGAUACAUCAUCAUGGAAUUCAAAACUGCCGGUGUAGGUGCAAAUUUUACACUUGACAAGGAACAUAUUCCAUAGAUAUAUUCCAUAGAUAACAUAAGAGCUCAAAGGGGUCUGCAUUACCAGAGUCUAUGCACCCUUUCUGGGGCCAGGGCAGGCAGUGAGAAAGGGUGUGUAGGAGGGAGGGAUUGCCUAGCACAGUGUCCUAGUAUGGCACUUGGCUUUCACGUUAUAGCCCUACACCACGCUCACUGCCAAUAACCAACAUAAAGGAUCAGCAGAUGUCAGUGCCCAGAGGUCAGUGGGGAUGGCAUGGGGUUUGUCAGAGAUAAUUAUAGCUUAUCGCAGUUUUUUAAAUUGCAAACACACCGCAGUCCCCAUAACAGGCUAUGUAGACUUAGGGGGACAUGUACUUAGCAGUGAUAAAAGUGGAGAAGUAAGCCAGUGGAGAAAUUGCCCAUGGCAACCAAUCAGCUGCUCUCUAUAUGUUUAUAGUAUGCAAAUUAUAAAUGUUACAUCAAUGCAACUUCUCCACUGGCUCACUUCUCCACUUUUAUACAUGUCCCCCUUAGUAAAGUCAUAACUCAAAGGAACCACAUAGGAAAUCAGUGCUUCUCAGUUAAAUAGCAGGAAACAUUGAUAAUUACCUGUUUCAGCCAAAAAUUACGGCAAAAGGAGUUAUCACUACUUGAUAAAUAUACUCUUGUAUAUAAGUUCAAAGCACUGAUAAUAAAUAUAAUUUGGAAGCAUUUUUCAAAAUGAGUGCAGUGGAAAUUUGUGCUGUAACCCAUAGCAACCAAACACUUUUCCUAGAAGUGUUUACAAAAUAAAAGUAAGCAUCUAGUUGCUAUGGGUUACCAAGCUUUAAAAUGUUUUUAAUUGUGUUUUGGUGGUUGUGCGUUACCCAGCAUGCUUUAUUCAUCAAGCAGCACAAUUGUAACUUAAUUUACUCUGCAAAUGUGACACAAAUCUGGUUUUGAAGGUCACGAAUCUGCAUUUUAUAACUAGAUGUCAAAUUUGAAUAAAAUGUAUAUUGUAAAAUUGAAAA